GAUCCGACGCACCUUCUCCCCUAUUACUCGCAUGAACUUCCAAAUACCCUAUGCGACCUACGUCAGACCGCUCCUGGAGUACGCCAACCAAGUUGUCUACCCGGGACGCACGAAAAUCGUCACCCUCAUUGGGCAUGUCCAGCGGGCCGCUACGAGACUGGUUGCCGGCCUCAAAUCCGUGGACUACGAAAUACGUCUCGCCAUGCUUGAUCUCUUUCCCCUGCAGUACCGUCGUCUCCGAGGGGAACUAAUUCUUACUUAUACCCUGUUUGAACAAAGCUUGGCAAACAGGUUUUUCACCGUUGACCCAGCAAACACCCGGCGGGGGCAUAUUCGGAGUCAGUUUAUAAUGUCUUCCGUAACUACAGCCGCCAUGUCUGCUUUGGGUAUCUUGAAAAUUAACCCAAUAAUCGAACCAAAUGGACCUAUAUUCAAUGGACCUGGAGCAGAGAAACCAAAACAUCCGUUUAUCUUACGAACUCUUGAGUUUCAGCAGCGCGCUGCGAUCGAGAGGGCGAAAAAAUAUGCCAUGGAACAAAGUAUACGAGCAGUCCUGCUGCGGCAGACACAGGCUCAGCAAUCACAGCAGUUAAACAACAUCAAGAAAAACCAGACUGUCGCAUUGUUGAACCGUGUGUAUGUUGGUUCAAUCGCCUAUGAUGUUAAAGAGGAUAGCCUGAAACAAUCCUUCUCCCCUUUCGGCCCUCUCAAAACUGUAAGUAUGAGCUGGGAUCCAGCAACCCAGAAACACAAGGGAUUUGCAUUCCUGGAAUUCGAGUAUCCCGAAGCUGCUCAACUGGCAAUCGAUCAGAUGAACAAUGCCAGUUUCGGUGGCCGACAGCUGAAGGUUGGGAGGCCAAGUAAUCUAACGAAUGCGGAUACGGUUAUUGCUGAGUUGGUCGCGGAAUACAAGCUUGAGAAUAGGAUCUAUGUAUCCGGCAUACAUGUCGACCUUACUGAAGACGAUAUUUCCCUCGUCUUCGAGGCCUUUGGAAAGAUUGUAUUCUGUCGACUAGUGGUCGAUCCCGAAAGCAGUGAACGACAUCGGGGAUUUGGUUACAUAGAAUAUCAGAAUGCACAGAGCGCAGCAGAUGCGGUAGCAAGCAUGAAUCAGUUCAACCUUGGUGGACAGCUACUCCGAGUUUGUAAAGCGAUUUCGCCGCCAGAAGGAAUUUCGAGCGCAGCGGCCACGGCUUUACCUCCUGCGGCCGCUGUAGCUGCUGCCUCCGUCACCGCACAGUUGUUAUCCAUGGAAACGGAACAGCUUCCGGUUAAUACGAACGGCAACACACCUUUGGGCCAGCCAUCAGCUCAACCUCAAACGGAGAAUGCGGGUGGCUUAGGGGCUUUCAGAGUAGUGAACUCUCCGCCUUCCUCAAAUCGUUCUUCUGGGUUCGAUGUUCCACCUCCUUCCAGUACAUUCAAUGGACAGCACCCGCGUGCGUACAUAGCAAGUCCGCAACCGUUAGGUUCAUGGGACCAACCGGAUCCAAGCGACGCGGGCCCAGUACUUCCGUCGUCGAUACCGUUACCUCCAGAAAAUAGCAUUGGAAUUGGCAGAAAGAGUUCUUUCGCAGUAACCUCUACACCGCCACCUGUCUCUGGUAUUUUAAUUCUCCGUAAUAUGGUCGGCCCGGAAGACUGUGAUGACGAACUCGAGGGCGAGGUGACUGCCGAAUGUUCGCGUUACGGCGGCGUCCAACGCGUGAUUGUUCAUCAGGAACCAGAUCCAUCAACUAACACACUCAUUGUUAAGGUUUUUGUACAGUUCGACUCUGUCCAAGCAGUUCAAAACGCAGUCCAGGCUCUCAAUGGUCGCUUCUUCGCAGGGAGACAAAUUGUGGCAGAACAUUACGACUUGCAUGCUUUUACUCAAAAUGAUCUGUCGCGGUAACAUUUUCCAGCUGACCGUCUGUUUGUAAAUAUUACCUACCUCAUGAGUUCAUAUUGUGCGUUUGAAAACGACACUGCA